CCGGCCCCUGCCCGGCUCCUCGGGCCGUGUGUCAGCUCCGCUCGGCUACCCUUGUGCGCGGGGCCGAAUUCCCGUGCCUUUUAUACCUGGGGCUUGUUAAGGCUUUUUAUUGACAUGGUGUUGCGGCUUUAAUUGCGCCUCUUCCCCCUGUUCCUCUUAACAGUCCUGUUCUUUCACUGGGAUCUGAGCAGAUGUUGCCCUUCCUUGGCACUGAUUUCCAGCUGUGCAGGCUGAAGCACUGCUGUAUGCUCUGCAGAUCAGCUCAUGGCUGCCAAUGUGAAGUACCAGGAGAGAAUAGUUGGAACUUUCCAGGACAAGAGAGGACUGGUUUAUUCUCUCGUUCUUUGAUUUUAGUAAGACAAGAGCCUCGAAGUACUGGGAGUAAAGACGAGGAUUUCUCCUCCCAUCCAGGGCCUGUCAUGGAUGAAGAGACUCAGCACAGCCUUGAAUGCAUCCAGGCUAAUCAGAUUUUUCCCAGGAAGCAGCUGAUCCGAGAGGAUGAGAACCUUCAGGUGCCGUUCAUCGAACUCCACGGGGAGAGCACGGAGUACGUGGGGAGAGCAGAGGAUGCCAUCAUAGCACUGUCCAACUACAGGCUGCACAUCAAGUUCAAGGAGUCUGUUGUGAAUGUUCCACUGCAGCUCAUCGAAAGCGUGGAGUGCCGGGAUAUAUUUCAGCUUCAUUUGACCUGCAAGGACUGCAAGGUGAUAAGGUGUCAGUUCUCCACCUUUGAGCAGUGCCAGGACUGGCUGAAGCGGCUCAACAAUGCCAUCCGCCCGCCCGCCAAGAUCGAGGACCUGUUCUCCUUCGCCUACCACGCCUGGUGCAUGGAGGUCUACGCCAGUGAGAAGGAGCAGCACGGGGACCUGUGUCGGCCAGGAGAACACGUAACUUCCAGGUUCAAGAACGAAGUGGAGCGGAUGGGGUUUGAUAUGAACAAUGCCUGGAGGAUUUCCAACAUCAAUGAGAAGUACAAGCUGUGUGGCAGUUACCCCCAGGAAAUCAUAGUUCCUGCCUGGAUCACGGAUAAGGAGCUGGAGAGCGUGGCAAGCUUCCGCUCCUGGAAGCGCAUCCCUGCCGUGGUGUACAGGCACCAGAGCAAUGGGGCAGUGAUCUCCCGCUGUGGGCAGCCCGAGGUCAGCUGGUGGGGCUGGAGGAACGCCGACGACGAGCACCUCGUCCAGUCCGUGGCCAAGGCCUGCGCCUCGGACUCGAGGUCCAACAGCAACAAAUUGAUGAAUGGGAAUUGUUCCAGAGAUUUCUCCAAUGGAGGGGACCUCUCUGAUGUGGAGUUUGACUCCUCCAUCUCCAAUGCCUCGGGAGCAGAGAGUUUGGCAAUUCAGCCCCAGAAGCUUUUGAUCUUGGACGCGCGAUCGUACGCGGCAGCCGUGGCCAACAGAGCCAAGGGGGGAGGCUGUGAGUGCCCAGAGUAUUACCCCAACUGUGAGGUGGUGUUCAUGGGGAUGGCAAACAUCCAUUCCAUCCGGAAGAGCUUUCAGUCCCUGCGUCUGCUCUGCACACAAAUGCCAGAUCCAGGAAAUUGGCUGUCAGCUCUGGAGAGCACCAAGUGGCUGCAGCACUUGUCGGUGCUCCUGAAGUCGGCGCUGCUGGUGGUUCACGCCGUGGACCGGGACCAGCGGCCGGUGCUGGUGCACUGCUCCGACGGCUGGGACCGCACCCCCCAGAUCGUGGCACUGGCCAAGCUGCUGCUGGACCCCUACUACAGGACCACAGAGGGUUUCCAGGUGCUGGUGGAGACAGAGUGGCUGGAUUUUGGCCACAAGUUUGCAGAUCGCUGUGGCCAUGGGGAGAACUCGGAUGACCUGAACGAGCGCUGCCCGGUGUUUCUGCAGUGGCUGGACUGUGUCCAUCAGCUCCAGAGGCAGUUCCCUUGCUCUUUCGAGUUUAACGAAGCAUUCCUUGUGAAAUUGGUGCAGCACACCUACUCCUGCCUCUUUGGAACAUUCCUGUGCAACAAUGCGAAAGAGAGAGGAGAGAAACACACUCAGGAACGGACCUGCUCCGUCUGGUCUUUGCUGCGGGCAGCAAACAAAGCCUUCAAAAACCUGCUCUACUCCUCCCAGUCGGAGUCUGUGCUGUACCCAGUGUGCCAUGUGCGGAACUUAAUGCUCUGGAGCGCUGUUUACCUGCCCUGCUCGUCCCCCUCCACGCCCGCCGAUGACUCCUGUGCCCCGUACCCUGUGCCAGGCUCCAGCCCUGAAGAGCAGCCUCUGGGCAGGCUACCAAAGACGAGAUCCUUCGACAAUCUGCCGACAGCCUGUGACAGCAGCGUGCCUACAGCCGCCCGCCGGAGCAGCGACCCCAGCCUCAACGAGAAGUGGCAGGAGCACCGCCGCUCCCUGGAGCUCAGCAGCCUCGGCCCCCCCGGGGACGAGCCCUUCGAGGGGGACACCCUGGGCUGGCAGGGCAGGGCCCCCCUGGGCGCCGAGCUCUCCGUCGCAGCCGGGGUGGCAGAGGGACAGAUGGAGAACAUCCUGCAGGAGGCCACGAAAGAUGACGUUGGGCUGGAGGAGCACUUAAGGGGUGGCCCGGAGGCAGCAGGGAAAGGGGCUGAGGUGGCCCUGGAUAAGGAGAAGAGAGCUGACAAUCUGCGGGGGUAUGUCAGUGACCUCGGGGGAAAGGCCGAGGCGGACACAGGUAUCGUAACGAACAAUCCCACACCCGCCCCACACCCGCUUUCACAAGGUGCUUCUGAGCCCAGAGGACAACAGGACGAGCAUGGUGAUCCCAGCAGCGCUCUCCAGAAGGUACCUCAGGUGAGGGGGCUGCAGGCUGUUCCUUUGGAGGGCUCCACUCAGAACAACACGGAGGAAGAAGGCGUUGGGAAACACGAAGAAGCAGAGAGCCCGUACAGCACAGCACAGGCCGGCCUUCCCUUCCCUCUGCCACCCCCGCCCGAGGCAAGGACAUCCAACAUCGAAAGUUCCACGGAAACCUUAACGGAGACUGAAGCAAAGCCUGAGUUCCUGCCUAAGGGCCCGUGCCACAGAGCUCACCCCUUCGACAACAGCGCCGACGAGCUGUCCCGAACUCUGGAGAACAGGCCGGAGGGGGAGUGCAUGAUAGAGCUCCAAAAACUGGGAACAAGAGUGCACAGGACUUCUGGUAGCAGCACCACGCACCUCCCGAUGCCUUCCCCUUGUGCCUUGCCCUUCGCGGAGCGGAAAGACGAGGUCGUGUGUAACGGGGAGCCGGAGCCCGAGAACAAGCUGGCGGAGAAGCCCGCGGGGCUCGUCCCCCCGAAAUUCCCCGCCAGCAACGGACACUGCGUGAACGGGGAGGACGGGCGGCUCAAGGCCUCGCUCAGCAGGCAGGUGUCGGCGGCCAGCUGCGGCUCUGCCCAGCUGCACCUGAGGAACUUGCACCACAAGUGGGUGCUCAGCCAGCUGGGGAAGCCGGCGGGCAGCCCCGACCAGCCCGCCCGCAGCCACCUGGACGACGACGGCAUGCCCGUCUACAGCGACGUCAUCCAGCAGCGCCUGCGCCAGAUCGAGACGGGGCACCAGCAGGAGGUGGAGACCCUCAAGAAGCAGGUGCAGGAGCUCAAGAGCCGCUUGGAGAGCCAGUUCCUCAACAGCUCCCUGCGGCUCAACGGGGACUACGGAGACGAAGUGACGUCUAUCCCCGACUCGGAAAGCAAUCUGGAUCAGAACUGCUUGUCUCGCUGCAGCACAGAGAUUUUCUCUGAAGCCAGCUGGGAGCAGGUGGAUAAACAGGACACAGAGGUGACGCGGUGGCUCCCGGACCACCUGGCCGCUCACUGCUACGGCUGCGACAGCGCCUUCUGGCUGGCCAGCAGGAAACACCACUGCAGGGACCCUGACCGAGUUGAUCAGCUCUGGUGAGCAUUUCCAGCAGCCUCUGCCCCUUGUCUGUCUGCCUUUCCUGGGUGACUUCUCCCAACUAACUCGGGCUGUUCCCCCUCUUUGUUUCUCACUUGCCUACGAAUCACCAGAACUAAGGUUGGGGGUGUUUGGAUCCGUGUGAACAGGCCUCUCUCCUCACAAAGAGGCUUUUAGGACUUGGCUUUUGGGAGCUUAAACGGGAUGUGUCUCACACUAACACUCACUGUCAGCCUGUGUGUGUGACAGAGAAUGCUGUGCUGCUCACUGGGAGGACACUGCCCUGCAAGUUUUAUCCAUUUAUUUUUGAUCCUUCCCUUUUUUGCCAUAUUUCUGGGAGAGAUCCAUGUGUUAUCAAACAAUUCCAACAUUGCUCUGCAUGCUGUUGACAAAAACCUGCCACUUGUUUUAGAAAGACUGAAAAUCCUGUAGCAGGAGCAGGUCCAGGGCUGGUUGAGGGUCAGGAUCACCAAACUGGGUGAACAGCUGUGAUUUGGCAUUUUGGGGAGUGUGAUUUUCAGUCCCCCUUUCUCUAACGAGCAAGAUCCCUUUUCCAGCCUGUUUUUUAACAUCUCAUUCUAAUCCCUGAAGCGAAGCAGGGGACCACCAGGAUGGAAGGAUGAGCUGUCCAGAACUUUCCAAAGCUCAGGAGAGCAGCUACAGAGCACCAUUAUCUGGGAUAAAACAACAAAACCCCCAGCAUAUGUUAGGAAGCUGUUGAGCUCCAACAAAGAGAUACUUGUUUUAAUCCCUGUGGUUCUCUUUUCCUUCAUCCAUCAGCAGUGAGCUGCUGCAGGAUAAUCGUUCCUUGGGCAGUGAGCUGGGGCUGUGGGAGCUGCUUCUCCACAGGGUGUUGCUGUGUGACACCUCAGGGGCUGUUCCCACUCCCAUGGGUAUUUCUGACAGGGGUUUCUAACAGGAUCCUCUGGACUCCAGAGCCUGUGCAGAGGCUGAUCCCUGUGCUGGAGUUCCCACUCCAAGCCUCAGAGCCGCUGUGCAGAACUGAGGAAAUGAGUCCACUGAAGUGGGAAAUGGGAUUUCUCUGCUCCCUCUCUCCCCAUCAGUGACCAGCAGCUGGAAAUCUCCUCUCUUGGAAAGGAAGGAUUAGUUGGAGCUGCUGGGUGUCAGCAGAAUUCCCUGGCAGUCUCUUGGCAGCAGCAAAUCUCCAGCACAGAACAAGGAGGGCACCAAAUCCUGAUGCCAAGGAGUUAAUGGGAAGGGCAGCUGCGAAAUGCAGGUCCCUGGAGUGCUGCUCCCAGCUCCUUGUAGGAGUCAAUGAGUUUGGAGGACAGGGCUCACAGGCUGUGAGGGGUGCAGGAGGAGGGAGUUGCCUGAGCUGUGCCCAUCCCCAGUGAGGUGCAUGUGCCAGCUCCCGGGAAUGCCGUGGGUGCUGCCCCGCAUGGAACGCCUGCCCGCCCGCCCCGGGCUUUGCAUGGUCCCUGUUGGCUCAGUG